AUGUCGGCCUUCCAAGACUUCAGCUACCUAUCCGAGCGCCGCCGCGCCGAGCGAGCGCAACGCCGCAAACGCAUGAUGAUUGCUGCCGGUUCCGUCUCUGUGAUCCUCGUCGUCGCUGUUUGCGCGGCAGCUGCCGUUGUCUAUAACUCCAAGUCCACCACCUCCACCGCCACCACCACUGCCAAUUCCGCUUCUCCUUCCUCCUCCUCUUCCUCCCAUAAAUCCUCCUCCUCUUCCUCGUCCUCGUCCUCGUCCUCCUCCUCCUCCAACUCCACCAAGGGGUUUCAAGUUUCCAACGCCGUUCAAGUCCUCUGCUCGCCGACUGACAACCACACUGUCUGCGAAUCCACCCUGAAAAACGUAGUGAACUCUACGUCUACCCCUAAAGACCUGGUCCGUGCCGCCGUAGCCGUCAUUGUCGACGAGGUCGGCAAGGCAUUCGCGCACUCCGACGCGAUCGGGACGGCAGACCCGGCAGUAAAGAGCGCUGUAGAGGUCUGCCAAAAGCUACAUAAGUACGAGGUGGCUGAGCUCAACAACACACUGAAUACCAUUGACGCGCACCACCUGAACCAACUCCCGGAGCAGGUGCACGAGCUCAAGAACUGGCUUAGCGCAGCCGCCACUUACCAAGAGACCUGCAUCGAUGGCUUCCCUGACGGAGAGCAAAAGGACAAGAUGAAGGUCGCGAUGACCACCGCCAAGCAGCUCACCAGCAACGCUUUGGCCAUCAUCGGCAGCUUGUCCUCGUUCCUUUCGCUAAUCAAAAUCAGCGGCGGGAGCGGCGGCCGACGUCUCCUCGCCAAGGACCAACGAAUGAUUGCAGAUCACUCAAAGGCAAUCGGGGAGGAUGGUUUUCCCAAUUGGCUUCGUGACGGUGACGACAGACGGUUUCUCCUCGGCCGCGCAGCCAAGCAGUUGACCCCUAACGUGACGGUGGCUAAGGACGGUAGCGGAGACUUUAAGAGCAUCUCUGAGGCGCUUGCUAAAAUACCAAGCUCUUACAAUGACCGGUAUGUGAUCUACGUGAAGGAAGGCGUGUACGAGGAGCAGGUGGUGGUGGACAUGAACAUGAUCAACGUCACCAUGUACGGUGAUGGCUCAAGGAAGAGCGUCAUCACCGGAAGCAAGAACUUCGUCGACGGCACCAAGACUUUUGAAACCGCCACUUUUGCGGCGAUCGGGGACGGAUUCAUUGCGAUAGCGAUCGGAUUUCAGAACACAGCGGGGGCAGCGAAGCACCAGGCGGUGGCGCUCCGGGUUCAGUCGGACCGCGCCAUCUUCCUCAACUGCCGCAUGGAGGCGUACCAGGACACGCUCUAUGCUCACACCCACCGUCAGUUCUACCGCGGCUGCCUCAUCCUCGGCACCGUCGACUUCAUCUUCGGCAACGCCGCCGCCAUCUUCCAAAAUUGCAUCUUCAGCGUGCGCCGCCCCCUCGACAACCAACAGAACAUCGUGCUGGCGCAGGGGCGCACCGGCAGCCACGAGGCCACGGGUUUCGUGGUCCACAACACCCGGUUCACCGCCGAGCCUGACCUCAUGGAGACGGCCGGCAAGAUCCCCAGCUACAUCGGCCGCCCCUGGAAGGAGUUCUCCCAUACCGUGGUCAUGGAGUCUGACAUCGGAGACUUCAUCAGCCCCGACGGGUACAUGCCGUGGGACGGCGACUUCGCCCUCAAGACACUUUCCUACACGGAGUACGGGAACAAGGGAGGAAGUGCCGACACCUCGAAGCGCGUCAAAUGGUCGGGCUUCAAGGUGAUCGGUCGGAACGACGCAAUGGCCUUCACCCCAACGACCUUCAUACAGGGAGAUGAUUGGAUCCCCAAAACCGGCACGCCGGUGCGCUUAGGCCUCUUUGAUUGA